CAGAGAAGAGGUUUGAUUCCCCACAAAAAUAGAACAAAACCCACAAAAGAAGGAUUGAGAAGGGAGAGUGUUGGCCAAACAAAGCCAACCAAUACCUUAAACCACACAAACAAGAACCAGUUAUAUCAAGGCGAAUCAACCAACCAAUGUGAGUUUCCUUCUUAAAUCCCAUUCCUUUUCUUGUUCUUCUUCCGGACAUUCCUCUCCUUCAGGUCCUUUUCCGGCCAAUGUCCACCGAUUUGACUCGCAUUCCUUUCCCCUCACAAGACCACGCCAGUCCUCCUGUCACCAUUGUCCUCACACUCAUCCUCGUUGCCUUCCUCUUCGUCGGUUUCUUCUCCAUCUACUGCUGCCGCUGCGUUGUGGACUCCUUCCUCCAUUCCCGCAACGUCCGCCGCUCCACCUCCGGCAACCUUCUCCACCCUUCCAACGAUUCCCCUGCCGCCCCUACUGGCCUCGACCCACUUCUCAUCAACUCCUUUCCCACUUUCCCAUAUUCCAAAAUCAAGGAAUUUCGCAGUGACAAUGUGGGAUUAGAAUGCGCCAUUUGCCUUCUCGAAUUCAACGACGAGAGCUUCCUUCGCCUUCUCACUGUUUGCUACCAUGUUUUCCAUCAGGAGUGCAUUGAUCUCUGGCUCGAAUCCCACAAGACCUGCCCUGUUUGCAGGAGAAAUCUCGACUCCGAUUUGCGGAGGAAUUCUGCUGAUAAGACCUCUGAUCCACCACGAACUUCCCACCGUGAGUCAAUUGAAGAUGCUAUUAGUAUUGAUAUUGAUGAGGACGCCGACGCCGAUGCCGAUUCCGAUGCCGAUGACAAUGAGGGCUCUUGUUCGAACAAGGGAAAACAGAGGAUUGAAACAGAGGAGGUGGAGAAGGAAGAGAGUAGGAAGAAAUUCUCGAGAUCGCAUUCGACAGGGCAUUCGAUUGUGAAGGCGAAAAGAGAAGGAGAAAGUCGGCAUAAGUUGAUAUUACCGGAGCACGUGAAGAUUAAGAUUCUAAGAGGACAUAAUUGGACGGGGAGUUGCGUGACAUUUGAGGAGUUGGCGAGGAACCCUAGCAAUGGCGGUGGGUUUUCAAAGCUCUGUGAAAGGGGUGAUCGGAAUAACUUGCAGAAGCCGGCAUGUUCAGUUUGAUUUGGUUUUGAUUAGUUGAGUCUCGAUCCCUUUCUACUUCUCCUAGAUUGUUGUUUUUUUGUUUAGGUUCUCUACUUAUUUGUCUUUUAGAUUUCUUUUUCCUUUGUAAAAAGUUUUUAUUUGGUUUUCUUGACAGAAAAAAAAAAACAGAAUACUCAAUGAGAAUUACAUACAGGGCGCUGCUGGUUUACUUGCCCGUAAUCAAAAUAGCUUUAUCCAAUACAAAGUAAUGUGAAGUGCAAACAGUUGCAGUAGUUCCUCCAAAUUAUGAAUCACUGUCAUACUUUUUUAACCGUCAGACCUUAGAUAAGCCCAUUACCCAUAAACCAAGCCCAAUCCGGUAGCAAU